AUGGCAAGUGUUUGUAUUCAAUGUUUAAAUAUCCAUCUUCGUGAUUUUCUACUUUUCGGUCCAUCAACAGCAAUACCACAACCUGGCAUGUCAAUAUUUCCUCAUGGUGUUUAUUAUUUCUUCAAAGACUACGAAGAUAUGGAUUUUAGUGAAAUAGAGAAAGAAAAAUACGGUGCUUUAAUUGGUCUAUCGGAUUUUCGUUUUUACAAUUUAAUGGUAUUAUUGGUAUUACAUCCAUUACCUACGAUAGAAAUGAAGAUUUGUAUUGGAAUUGGUUGUAUAGUAUUCAUAGAAAUUGGUUAUAUGUUAACAAUAUGGAUAGGUCCACGUAUGGAAUUUGGAAAUGGAAACAAAUCUAGACCAUGUUUACCGUUACCAGUGAUCGCUUUCUCUGUUUAUUUUGUCCUGAUUGAUGGUUUUAUAGUAGAUUUAAAUCCAAAUGUAUGUCAAUAUUCGAAAGCAUUCAAUUUAUCGUUAAUUGAAAAUUAA